GCAAGGAGUCCGCGGAGAUCCGCGCGGAAACGGGACGUUUAACGCAGACCUGCAGACUCUUGAGAGACUGCGGGGUCCGUUGGAAGUCGGGAGUCCGAGGGUUGUUUUGGUGUCCUUAAAAGCAGAAGCGGACCUGCGCGGAAGCCAAUUCUUUCCGGCGAACUGACACCGCCGGAUGAAGGCGAUGAAGCGCCGAGAGCGACGCGAAAGCCCGAGCGAGCCGGGGACUCACCGGUGACGAUCUCCGGAUGAGCAGGGGAGGAGAUGAAGGACACCCAACGAAAGUUGCGUCCGUCCCUCCGGCUGGAUGCGCACCGGACGGGCGGAGGGACGACGGACAGCAGCUCGCUCGCCGCUGCGAAUUGAAGCUGGCGUGCGGGCGGCCGGCGGUAAUAUAAGACGGCGAGGCGCUCCGAGUGCCCCUGCGCCGAAACAGUGCGGGCAGCGACCUCUAGCGGAAGCCGUUGGCGACACAGGGGAAACCCACCAGUUCACUAAAUAUCCAUAUUUGGGUUAAUUUAUGCACGAUUGUAUGAUUAUCAUUUUUUGUCUUUUUUUUGGAGUGGCGGUGGUGUUGUUUCAUAACAACUGUUUUGGUCGCUCUGCAAAUGCGUCGUUUGACUGUAAAAAAACAAAAACAAAACAAAACCAAAAAAGAAAAGCGGUCGCCGGCGGGACACGGUGAAGCAGUGACGUAUUAAAGUGUGAACACGUGACCGUAGUUGACUUGAAUGACGAUGCGAUCAACGUUCCGUGGACGGGAUGUUGGUGCAAUGCGGUUUUCCGCCACAAGGUGACAGCAGUGUGCGCUUAAUCUUUUUCUACCGGGUAUUUUCAGCCAAUAUGUAUUAGUUGCAGACAAUAUUUGCGCACAUUAGCAUUUUUUGGCCGCCCGGCACAGCCCUAUUUUCUUGUCUUCUGUUCUCAUUUUGCCAUCUCUACUUCCUUCAUUCUUUCCUCCCUUCGACCUCAGACCUGCUUCAAUGGUUGUUUUUGGUUGGGUUUGUUUUUGGAUCUUCCCGACGUCUUUUGUUUCCCCGUCUUUCUUCCUUCGAAUCAUUCUACCUUUUCGUGCUUCCAUUUCGCACGGUUCCUCCCUUUCGGCCGAACCUACUUUUUGCGCCCGGGCGCGGCGCGGCGUGUUUCGGCCGCGUCUCGCCGUCAUUGUGCCCGAUUUGCUUCCUCGCUCUCGGAGAUAAACGGGCGGAUCUGCGACGUUCGCCGCCCGGCGCGUCCCUCCCACUCGGUCUGUGCGCUUUUUACGCGCUUUUCCUCCAGAGCCACCCGAGGCGUCCGGCUCGACACCGCGGCCGAGAAGAUGCUGCCCCCGCGGCUGUGGGCGUCCGUCUUGUGCCUCCUCUGGGCGGAAGGCUGCCGGUGCCUGGAGGCGACGGGCGGAAGCUUCACCGCGGACGGGGCCGUCCGCCACUUGGUCACCGCUCUCGACGGAGUCUACGUGGCCACGGAGGAGAAGCUGUACCAGCUGAGGCGCGACCUGAGCGUGGUGCGCGCGGUCAACCAGAGGGGCGUCCUGACUGGGGCGGGCGACGCGGCGCAGUUUUCCAGAGUCGCGGAGGAAGAUCCGGGCAACGCCACGUUCGGCGUCAACGUGCUGCUGGCCUUCGCGGAGAACGGGACUCUGGUCAGCUGCGGCGUGACCGACGACGAGUGCGGCUACUGCGAGCUGCGCGCUCUGGCCGACGUGUCCGCGGUGCUCCACAGGGAGCGCAUCCUGGUGGGGCCCCCCGGGCGCUCCGGCGCGUCCGCGGCCGUCCUGGUGGCCGUCGACGGCGUCGAGCGGGACUUCUACAUCCUGACCGCCGUCCGGCAGCGCAAAGGCGAGAGCUCGCGCGGCGUGUGCGCCUCGUCCACCGAGGCCGUGUACCUCCACGACACCGACAACCGGCACGACGGAGGCAUCUUCUCCUUCUCCGGCGACAGCUCCAACCCGCUCUUCAAAAGCAGAGGCGACGUGGACUUCGUGGACGCCUUUCAGCUGGGCUCCGCCAUUUAUCUGCUCGCCAACGUGCUGCCUUCGGAGGCCGGCGGCGGUCGGGUUCGCCUCAUAUGGCUCCGAGCCAAAACCAAGAAGGCGGACACCUUGAAAUCGCUGCGCGGAGCCUCUCUGCUCGUCCCCGGACAGAAGGGCGGCAGACUGGCGGCCUCGUCGGUGGUCUCGGCCGGACCGGCUUCCACGCUGUGGGCGGGCGUGUUCGGCGCGGACGGAGACCCGAGCGCCACCCAGCUGCUCCUGUUCGACGUCACCCCCGAUCCCGAGAUCCCGGCGGAUAAAGACCCGGACUUCUGCAGCGCCGUGACCUGCGGCCGCCGAGACGGGGCGGCGAAGGAGCUGCAGCCGCUCAAGGUGCUCUACAGGCGCAGCGCCAUGACGUCUGUCGCGGCCACGACGCAUGGGACCUGGAUGGUGUUCUUCGUCGGGACAGAAGACGGCCAGCUCAUAAAGCUCAGCGUGGACCAAAACCAUCGCGGCACGUGUCCCACAGUGCUUUACCGGAGCGCCGACGACCGCAAAGCGUUUCCCGGCAUGCGUCUGGACCGAGCGGAUGGGAAACACGUGUACGCGGCCUUCGACGACCAGGUGCUGCGCGUGCCCGCGUCCACGUGCCGGACGCGCCGAACGCGGGAAGACUGCUGGUCGGCGCAGGAUCCGAGCUGCGUGUGGUGUCACUCCAAAAAGAGUUGCACAUUCAAGGACGAAUGCCAAAACUCCCACUGGUUUUCCUUUCCCGACGAUUACCAGAAAAAGAGGAUUUCCUACACCGUCCAAAGACACAACAGCGGUCAGAUCAGGUUGGACGUCCGCACGCACGUGAGCGCGGAUCAGAACGCGAGGGACACCUUCGCCUGUCAGUUCUCCAGACGUUCCGGCGAGCUCUGCAGCAGGGAAGGCCCUUUCCCGACGUUCCCGCAAUGCACUUGCGUCCUGUUAAACGGCACGCUUUCAGCCGAAGGAACGAGCGCGGCGGUCAAAGUCCGACUGGGGCCGACGGUUUUUACGGAAAGAAUAAAGCUGACGACGUGCUCCGACAUCAGGGGCUCGCCUACCGCCGCUCUGUGCCGGAGAUGCGUCGAGACGGGAUGCGGCUGGAGCGAAGACGGCUGUUCCUGGGCCACCGCGGGAGCGACGAAUGACGGGGUCUGCGAGACGACGACGACGCGGCCGACGAACGUUUCGAAGCCGGAGAUCUACUCCAUCAGUCCCGGCGCGGUGUCUUUCUACGGUCACAACCGCGCCGUUUUGUUGGGCUCGAACCUGGGUCACGUGACCGGAGUGAGGAUCCAGAUCGACGAGGACUGCGCGCCGAGAGAGUCUCCCGUGUGGAACAACACCGGCGUAAGCCUGGAGUUCCACAUUCCCGCCAUCCGAGGCAAAGGAACGGUCCGCGCGUGCGCCGUCCUCCCGGACGGCGGCUGCCACGGCGACGCCGCGAUCGCGUACACGUCGGCGCCGUCCUGCGCCGCCGUGACGCCGAGCAGCACCUGGAGCAGCGGCAAGAGGACGAUCACGCUGGCGGGGUCCAACCUGGACGCGGUGGACGGCGUCUCGCACGGUCACGCCCUACAGGAAGUCAGCCUCCCCGCCGACAGAAGUUUCCGAAAUCUGACUUACCAGACGCCCGCAGCCGCGAGUACUCGCAGUGUUUUCAGCAGCGACAUUUAUCUGAAAGUGGCCAACGAAACGCUGGCCUGCUGGCAGUCCAUCGCCUACCAUCCCGAUCCUCAGUUCACCGGCUUCACCGCCACGAGGAGAGGGGACGACGUCCGCGUCGCCGUACAGAAAAGCGCGGAUCGCCUGGAGAUGACCGUAAAAGAGGUGUCGGCGUCGGGCGUCUACGGGGGCGAGGAGUACCCCUGCGUCACGGAGGCCAAAGACGCGGGCGACAGCGCCGACUUCUUCGUCUGCAAAAUCCGAAGCGCGCCCGAUGUCAAUUUUCGUCAGUUAAAGGUUUUCUACGGCGAUAAGACGGUCACGCUGCGGAAUACGUCUCACCCGUUCGCUCUGAUGUGGCUGGUCGUUUUGGCGAUCCCCUGCAUCGUCGUCGCGGUGGCGCUGAUUUACCGUCGCCAACAAAAGCAGCUGACGGUGAAGAUGAAUAAGCGCAUGGAAAACCUGGAGCUGGACAUCAGGAACGACAUCAGACAAGGUUUUGUGGACAUGCAGACGGAAAAGGCGAACCUGUUGGAAAAGGUGGGCCCGAUUCCGUUCCUAGACUACAAGGACUUCGCCUGCAGGAUAUUUUUCCCCGAGGUAAACGGAAGCGGACGACGCACAGGAACGCGCACGCGUAAUGCGAAACGUCCGACUUUGCAGAACGAAGCUUUGACGGCGUCGUGUACGGCGGAGGCGCGGGGUCGUCCGAAAGAGAGCGUCCCGGCCUUGUCCGAGCUGAUCCGGGACCGGCGCUUCCUUACGUGCGCGGUGCACGCGGCGGAGGAGCAGAAGAGUUUCACCGUCAAAGACAAGUGCGCGAUGGCGUCUCUGCUGACCGUGGCGCUCCACGGCGACUUGUCGUAUCUGACGGAGACGACGGAGGAGCUGCUGAAGGAUUUGAUGCGGAAAAACAGCACGGCUCAAGCCAAAAUGCUGCUGCGGCGGACGGAGUCCGUAGUGGAGAAGCUCCUCACCAACUGGAUGUCCAUCUGCCUCUACGGCUUCUUGAAGGAGAGCGUGGGCCAGCACUUGUUCCUGCUGGCGAGCGCCCUCACGCAGCAGAUCGCCCGGGGCCCGGUGGACCGCGUGACGGGCAAAGCUCUGUACACGCUCAGCGAGGACUGGCUGCUGUGGCAGGCGCAGGACUUCACCUCUCUGAGGCUGAAGGCGUUGUUUGCGGCGGGCGGCGGCGGCGAGGUGAGCGAGCCCCUGGAGGCGGUGGCCCUCACCUGUGACACGGUGGAGCAGGCCAAGGAGAAAAUCCUUCGCACCUUCGAGGCCAAGUUCGGCUUCCCUUACAACAGGCCGCCAAUGAGCGUUUCAAUCGAGUUGGAGAGGGACGGAGCCUUCGUCGCCCUGGAAGAGGUCGACGCAAGCUCCGAAGCCGUCGGGGAGGUGACCAUGCUCAACACGCUCGAGCACUACAAGGUUCCAGACGGCGCUACGAUCAAGGUGCUUUCCAGAAAGGAUCCUUCCGCGAGUUGGAAGGGUGAGCCGACGGGUGGAACGUCGCCGGACUCGGCACGAAGUCAAACGGCCGCCGCCCGCGACGGGCUCGGAAGUCACAUUUACAACGGGGACACGUCGGGGAAAUACUUCCACUUGAUCGAUCCCGACGUAGACGAGAACAGGGGGAAGAAUCCGGAGAGGAAGAAGUUGAAGCUGAAGGAGGUGCACCUCACCAAACUGCUUUCUACCAAGGUGGCCGUGCAUUCGUUUGUGGAGAACUUGUUCGGGUCCGUGUGGGGGCCGUCAAACCGCAGAGCGCCGCUGGCCGUCAAAUACUUUUUUGACUUCCUGGACCGUCAAGCGGACGAGAUGAAGAUCUCGGAUCCGGACGUGCUGCAUAUUUGGAAGACGAAUAGUUUCCCUCUGCGCUUCUGGGUGAACAUCCUGAAGAAUCCACAGUUCGUCUUCGACCUGGACAAAAGCGCCCACCUGGACGGCUGCUUGUCCGUCACCGCUCAGGCCUUCAUGGAUUCCUUCUCCCUCAGCGACACGCAGCUGGGGAAGCACGCGCCGACCAACAAGCUGCUGUACGCCAAAGACGUUCCCAAGUACAAGGAGGAGGCCAAGGAUUACUUCCGGCGCAUCCGGGAGCAGCAGCCGAUCAGCCGCUCGGACUUCUACAAGUUCCUGGACGAGGAGUCGAAGAAGCACCAGAACGAUUUCAACGAAGCGGCCGCCCUCGAGGAGCUCGGCAGGAUGAUUCGGAGAUACGUCCCGCAGAUCUGCGAGAAACUGGAGCAGACCGGCGCCCCCGCCCAGUUGCGUGAGCAACUGCGCCGCGUGCAGGAGACGUCGGACGGCGCGAGGAAGAGCCGCGGCGCCGCCGCAGACGCCUUUUGACUCAUUGAGUGUGGUGUAGUUUGUGUGAGGGCGUUGGCGUGGGACUUUGCCGACGUGAAUAAAUGCAAUGGUUUGAACUGGACUUCACGCAGUCUCGUGUUUCAGUGCGAUCGGGUUGAUCACCUGCUUGUUUUUCUUAAUUCCCCCCUUGCAGCCGGUCCAGCCUCCGCUUGACUGCUUCGGGACUGGGUUGACUCGAGUUCACCUGACCCGUGUUACUCCAGGAGCUAAAUUUGGUUUUUUCUGUCAACAGUGGCCUCUGAGGAGCAGGCGCCGGUCAGUGAGAUGAACAAGACCCAGAGAGACUUCCUGCAGGGGUGAACUGCAAAGUGGCUGCAGCCUCCGUUUUGAAGAAGGCGCGCAAGAGCCAGUGGGCCUCGGGAACCGGCGCCAAAGUUGUCACGAGCUGAAAAGAACCUAGAAGCGACCAGAGGCUCCGGCUUUUCCUGGUGCAGAGGACUGCUGCUCUUGAGAGGAGGACCCAGAAGUGGAAGUUUACUCGAGUCUUGUUUCAUUAAGUCAUGCAAUGCUGUGGUUGUUGCCAUUGUUUUUGUUUUUUCACAGGCUGUGGAGUUUUUCUGUUGACUGCUGCUGAAAUGGCUCUGGGUUUGGUGGUAUGCUGUUGUCGCCUCUUGGGAAUUGAAAAUCAGUUCUACGAGUUGUCUUGCGAAGUACCCUUCCCACUAAAGGCUCUGAAUCUUUUGGGGGAGGACUCGUUCCAAAUGGCUGUUGCCGGAAAGGACCCGUCACAAUGCUCAGAUGACACCUGGCAGGACUUAAUUUGGACAAUUGAAUGGAUCUUUUUGGCAGUAUGGAAAAAGACUCCCAGCUUGGAAGUGGAUUUGUUUUUAUUUUUUUGCCAAGGAGGUGUGGAGACAGUUGAUGGUCAACGUGCUGUCGUUUGCCCAACGGUCCUCCAACGCCGAAGACUCUUGCUGUACGGGUGAGUAAAUGACAUGGUUGCAAAGCGCAUCCUUGUCAUUUACGCUCAUGUAUUUGUUUGGUUUUUUUUAAUAAAGCUUUUUGGAAAAAAGCA